UGGGGUGACGCGGCCUCACAGAUCUUCUACUCGCUGGGCUGCGCCUGGGGUGGGCUCAUCACCAUGGCCUCCUACAACAAGUUCCACAACAACUGCUACCGGGACAGCAUCAUCAUCAGCAUCACCAACUGCGCCACCAGUGUCUUCGCUGGCUUCGUCAUCUUCUCCAUCCUGGGCUUCAUGGCCAAACACCUGGGCGUGGACGUCUCCAAGGUGGCUGACCACGGCCCUGGCCUGGCCUUCGUUGCCUACCCUGAGGCCCUCACCUUGCUCCCCAUCUCACCCCUCUGGUCCAUCCUCUUCUUCUUCAUGCUCAUCCUCCUCGGGCUGGGUACACAGUUCUGCCUGCUGGAGACGCUGGUCACGGCCAUCGUGGAUGAGGUGGGCAAUGAGUGGAUCAUCCGCAGGAAGACCUUCGUGACGCUGGGGGUGGCUGUGGCAGGCUUCCUGCUGGGUGUCCCGCUCACUACGCAGGCGGGCAUCUACUGGCUCCUGCUGAUGGACAACUACGCCGCCAGCUUCUCCCUGGUCGUCAUCUCCUGCAUCAUGUGCGUGGCCAUCAUGUACAUCUACGGGCACCGCAACUACUUCAAGGACAUUGAGAUGAUGCUGGGCUUCCCCCCGCCGCUCUUCUUCCAGAUCUGUUGGCGCUUCAUCUCGCCCGCCAUCAUCUUUGUGAGCAUUGUGACCAUGGGGCAUGGGGCCAUAGGAGGAGGGGACUGGGAGCCCACCUGGGCCAUCAGCAUCGGCUUCCUCAUGGCACUCUCCUCUGUCAUCUGUAUCCCCAUCUACGCCAUCUACAAAGUGUGCUGCUCCGAGGGGGACACACUGCUGGAG